AUGUUCCCCUGCGGCGGAUCCAGCGUCGAAGUAGUGUCUCGGUUGAUGAAGCGUUUGGAAGAAGCCAAAGGCCGCUUCGUCCCCGAUCCGAAGGAUGCUUCUUCCGAGGAUGUUCGUGAUGUUCUUGAGCGGUUCAACGAGAUCAAGGAAAAAAUGGAGGAGCUGAGAAAAAUGUUGCGGCAAUCCAAGGACAAAGAAGACGACGCCAUAAAGAAAUUUGCACUCGUCGCCAGGCAAGUCGACGAGCUGUUGCGGUCGGGAAUCACCGACGAGAGCCCACUCAAAAAGCUCGACAAAAUCAUGGAAAACAUCAAUUUCAAAAUCGAGGAAUUAGGGGUGAAGCCAAUGGAUUCGUCGGGUGAACAGGAAUCCAAUGCUGAGGAGGAGGAGGGGGAGAAGGAUUUCCCACUGGAGCGGCAGAUCCUAGAGAGCUCCGCGUGGGCGCACCUAUUGCUUGUGGUCGACAGCUUCGAGACUCAGCUGAAGCUUUGCCUCUUCUGCCUCACCGUCUUCCCGCCGAACGCUGUCCUCAAGAAGAGGCUGCUGAUCCACUGGUGGAUGGGCGAGGAAAUAGUGCAGACUUCUGAGGAAGGGAAGAAAUGCUUCGACCAACUCGUCUCCAAGGGCCUAAUCAUAACCAUUAAGAAGAAGCACUGUGACGAGGUGCACCACUUCAGUAUACAGUCGUGGAUUCGCAGGCUGUUGAUCACCGUCGCCAAGAGCAAUGCCUUCCUCGAAUUCGACCAGGACGGCCGCCCCAGCGACGACUAUUCCAGGAGUCGCCGUGCGUGCUUGCGCCUCAAACUACCCCCCAUCGGCGACGAUGCGGAAAAUCGACUGCUCACCGUCUACAACGUCUACAAGCGCUACGUCGAAUUCGAACCCACAUGGCUAGUCAACAAGGGCGAGAUGACCACAAUGCAGCUGGGGCGGUGGAAGGAGUCGGACCAGAAGCACCAUAUCGAGGUCAAGAACGACGAGUUCUUGAAGGGGAUUGAGAACUGCAAAAGCUUGCGGUACAUGAGCCUCAGAGGCGUAUCGAGGGUGGAAACGCUUCCCGAGACCAUCGGCAAGCUCACCAAGCUGAUGGUGUUGGACCUCCGGGCGUGCCACAAUCUGGAGAAGCUGCCGGAGGCGAUCGGGUCCGCCAAGAAGCUGCAGUACCUGGACGUGUCGGACUGCUUCCUGCUCGACAAGAUGCCCAAGAGCAUCGCCAACCUCUCCGAUCUGGAAGUGCUCAAGGGGUUUUUACUGAUCAGUGGGCCUGAUGACAAACAUGUUUGUCAUCUCCAUGAGUUGGCCAAGCUGGCCAAGUUGAGGAAGCUCAGCAUCAACAUAGGCAGUCGGAUCGCAGAAACGGAGCUGGAGAAGGUGGGCGAGUUCAAGACGCUCACCACCCUUAUCAUAACAUGGGCAGUGGUUACAACGAAGAAGGAAGACUCUCAUUCCACCAGAGGUGCUGAGGCGCCCUCACAGGAGAAGAAACAACAAGGGACUGGUAAGGACUCAAUCGAAGAUCUCCCACCGAAGUCCAAACAAUCAUCUGAUGCUGCUACUGCUACUGCUGCUGCUGCUGCUGCUGCCACUACGAAGAAAGUUCAACUAAUAUCCGAUCAUGUGGCUCGCCCGACCACCGACAGGCAAGCUUCGGGAGCGAGGUCACUGACGAAGAAAGAAACCAAGAAGAUUGCAGCGGAUCGUUCCCUUGAUCCCGCUAAGGUUACCCUUCCUAGUACGAUAGAGAAGCUGGACCUCCGGUGCUUCACCGAGGAGGAGUUCCCGCAGUGGAUUGAUCCCCUUAAAUUACGACUUCUGAAGAAACUGUACCUGAGGGGAGGGAUGCUCCGAAGUCUUGGAGACGGCCGGGGGUGGAAGGUGGAGGUGCUGCGCCUGAGGUUCCUCAAUUAUCUGGAUCAUCCCAGCUGGGAGAAGCUGACAAGUUCGUUCCCCGAGCUCCGAGUCGUGGAGAAAUUCAAGUGCGGGAAAGAAAGUUCAUCGCACAAGGAAUCAAGUUCUUGGCCUUGCAACAAAGAAGGGCUUUGGUCCAAGGAGGAUGCCAAAAAGAGUGCUGAUGAUGAGCCGAAAGCCAUGAACUUGCCGCCACCGGAGACCGAUUGA